AUGGUGGGAUACGUGAGAUAUUUCUUUGCCAUAAUGAUCUGCAUCGCGAACAUGAUUGUCUACGGGUUGAAGGUGAACAUAGCCAUAGCUGUCGUAGGCAUGGUGAAGCAUAAAGAUGAAAUAUCAGACGCGUCUGACGAAUGCGAUUUCCACGAUGUUGCCGUUACCAUCGAUAUAGAGGGUCCCUUCGAAUGGACUUCGACGCAACGAGGUUUAGUUGUCAGUUCUUAUUUCGUCGGUUAUUUAGUAGGCAUGUUUCCAUGCGGAUAUUUCGCGGAUCGUUUCAACACGAAGAACGCUCUGCUGAUCUGCAUAUUGGGGAACGCGAUUCUCACGAUCAUAGUGCCAUUAGUGGCGCCUGUGUUGUGGAUACUUUACUUUACGAGAUUCUUGAUGGGUGUUGUGAGCGCACCGAAUCUUCCUAUCGUUUCUAUCCUUGUUGGGAAAUGGAUCGUUUACCAGGAGAAGAGUUUAUGGUUCGGUAUUAUUUAUUCCGGCCUAUCGGUUGGCACCGUGAUCGGUAUCCUGACGUCAGGAAUGAUACUGCACGCCCUCGGAUGGGAGGCGGUCUUUUACAUACACGGUUUCCUUCCGUUAAUCUGGUGCGUUGUAUUCUAUUUUUUCUUCGACGAUAACCCGGAAACGCAAUACUAUAUAUCGGAGGAGGAGAGACACUAUAUCGUGACCUCGUACGGGCAUCGUGGCGUUGAAUCGAAGAAGAUGAAAGUACCAUGGAAAUCCAUUUUCACGUCGGUCCCGUUUAUAGCCCUACUUUUGACCAAUACAUUCGGUACCUAUGUUUGGUACUUCCUGCUCACGCUGUUACCUUUGUACAUGAACAAGAUUCUGAGAUUUGAUAUUCAAUCUAACGCAGUUCUAAGUUGCCUGCCGUAUCUCUUAAGCGCAAUGGUGAAUCCGAUUUAUGGAGAAAUAUUGGAUUGGGGCAGACUGAGGAAUUAUUGGGAUCAAACAAUGGCGCGAAAGAUCGCAAUGUUCACAAGUUGCGUCCCACCGUGUAUUUUUCUUCUUAUUAUCGCUUACAUCGGUUGCUAUCGGACGGUAGUCGUCGUAUUAUUGAUGUUGAGCGUAAUGUUUGCCGGUACAAAUUUUCUCGGAUUUCUUUGCAACCACAACGAUUUGGCGCCAAACUAUGCAGGAAUUUUGAUGGGUAUAACGAAUACUCCAGGGACACUUCCAGCCUUUAUUUUGCCCGCCAUAGUGGGCGCACUUACGGAAGAUGGGCACACUAUGGCACGAUGGAGAUACGCAUUUUGGGUGCCUAUUAUUGCACAGAUGAUCGCGUUCAUUGUAUUCAGCAUUUUUGGAUCGGCAGAGAUUCAAGAAUGGAAUUAUGAG